AUGCCUCAGCUCCUGAGAGAUAUUCUCUAUGUGAUUGAAACAUUCUACAAUUAUGCCAAGGAGGAUGGCAAUAAGGCAACGCUGACCUGCAGAGAGCUUAAACAGCUCAUCCAGGGAGAGUUCGGGGACAUUCUUCAGCCAUCUGUUAUUCAUGCUGUGGAGAGGAAGUUAGACCUUCUGGAUAUUGAUAGUGAUGGCAACAUCACUUUUGAAGAAUUUCUUCUUGCAAUUUUCAAUCUAUUGAACCUUUGUUAUCUUGACAUACAAUCAUUAUUAAAUUCAGAGGCAAGACCAAUGUCUAAAUCAGGAGAAAAGCCAGAUGAUGUGGUUCUGCAGACAAACACUAGAACUUGUCAGAUGACAAAAGAAAUUUUGACCAUGCAAGACAAAGAGCAGCUUCCUUCAGGGACAGAAUCAUCAACUCAGCUGAGCCCUGAUGAAAGGGGAGAAGAUGAAUACAACAGAGCAGAGCAGCAGGGAGAUAUCAAGACUUGCAGAUUGCCAGAAGAAUUAUCUUGGAUCAGUGUUCAUAGGAACCAACAUUUGGUAGAAGAACAGAGCCAAGACGGUUCCCAAGAAGCACAUACAGGAGAAAACAAUGAGGUUCAACUUGAGACAAAUAAGGCAACAGCAGGACACACUGGCAGUUCCACAAAGCAGGUAGGACAGGAUAAGGAGAUUCCUGGGGAGAGAAAUGAACCAGGCAGGGGACAAAGUGACUGGGAGACAAGACAGCAGUUUGGAGGAAAGGGAGGAAACUUGGGCAUCCAAAGUUCUCCACAAGAAGCAACAACACAAAAGCCAUUUAGAGAUCAGGAAGCUGACCUUGAAAUGAAUGUUAAGGAACACAAUAAAAUACAAGCAGUACAGGAAAAGGAUGACCUCAGGUCAGAACAAACUAUUGCCCAGAAGUCAUGUCUGACACAGAAAUUGACUGAGCCUGAGGAUAAGAGAAAAAAAAGUGAGACUGAAGAAGCCAAAAAGACCCCAUCUGAGACAAAAAAUUCAGCUUAUGGUGCUGAUACAGACUCUGAAAUUCAAGAACCUCCAGCACAAAAAACAAAGGAACUGCCAGUCCAAGGUGGUGGCAGAAGUGCUUCAGAAACACCUGAUGUUAGAGGGAAAAGGAAAGAAAGGAGAGAUCCUGAUGUCUGUGGAAUAGAAGAGCAAAGAGAAAGUGAGAGAAAAACUCAGCCACUAGGCUUGGUAGACCAAACACAGAAGUACCAGGAACACCAGGAAUCACUUAAAGAAAGGGAUACUCAGAAAUGUUCUAUGGCACAAGAAUUAAGCCUAGAAGGAAGAAAGAAAAACCAUCCUGAAAUUGAAAGAGUAGCAGUUCCAGCAGAAGGGGCAAGACUUGCUGAGAAAAGCAAAGCAGAGACUUUGAGCGAUGAGCAUGCUCUUGCAGCAGCAGCAGGAGCCUUGGGACCAAGAGACCGAAAACAAGAGUUGGAGCCACUUGAGAACAAGUCAGGAACUAAAAAUGAGAGGACUGACCAGACAAGUGACAAGUCUGUCAAUGAAGAUGGUGGUUACCAGGGACAGGAUCAUGAGCCAACUGUCACAAAGAUUGAUGAGAGGUCUUCUAAAACUUGCAGCAGUCCGGUUCCAAAGGCUAGAAACAGCAGCUCAGAAACAAGCAACCUGUCUGUGCAAGGGAAGUCCCAGAGACCAGCAGAUGCCCUUGGAGAGUCUGUCCAAGAAAAUCGGAAUAGUAACCCAGACACCCAGGAACAGGUAACACAAGAUGAGGAAAAUGUCACUCAGGAGAUAGUGGUACACUCAGACAGAGAAGAGGAUGAGCAGCUCACUGAGGAACAGAGACUGCCUGUAGAUGUAAAGCACCAGAAUAAUCAGAGCUCAGGGACCAAAGACCCAGGACCAGCCAGGGAGUCCAGUAGAUACUUAGAGUGUCAGGAGUCCUUAGAAGAAGGUAAAAACACAAAGUCCUUGAAAAUGGAGGUGCCAGGUGCCCUAGAGAAGGACUUGACAGAUCAGUUUUCUGUUACAGAGCUUGCUGCAAAGGAAAACAGCAGAAAAGAGAUACAGGUCCUGAUUGCAAGUACCAGAGAAGAUGAAGGUGAGACACCAAAUAUUAAAAAAAAUCUAGUAAAAAGCAUAAAUGAGAACAAUUCAGCCUCUUCCAAGACACACCUUGAAACACAAGAACCUGCAACAUGGAAGGAGAAAGAAAGUCGCCAAGCAUUGAAAGAAGAUGUCCAGCAAGAGUCACUCAACAAAGGACAUAAUUCUUCAGUCUCCCAAUCAGAUCUGAAAGAGAUGACACAGAAGGACCAACCAUCCUUUUCUAUGGAGAAGGGAACUGUCUAUUCCAACCCACUGUACAUGUACCUGCAGAAAAAUGUACUGCAGCAAAGAGAUAUAACCCAAGAUCAAAAUCAAGCUCUGCCAGUCAAGUCAUCAAGCCCUGGGCUUCGGAACAACCCAUCAGAUGUAUCACUCACUGGUGACAGCCAAGUUUCACAACAGUGCACUAAGGAACUUCUUUUUGAUGAGGAUAAGGAGGAUAUAUAG